AUGAAUAUAGUUUUAAUAGCUUUUUCAUAAGAUUAAUAAAUAAAGACAGCUGAAAAAUAUUAGUUUACUUCAAAAUGCUUAGUAACAAAUGAUAUCUACGAACAAUAAAAGCAAUUAUGGCAAUUUGAUAAAGCAGUGAUCAUUCUUGAUAAACUAUCUUUUAAUUUGUCUGCAGAAUAUAAGUUCGAACAUCUUACAAAUAAUUUAGAACCUAAUUUUUCAAUAUUUAGAACUUUAAAAUUGUUAGGGUAAAUUGUUUGUAUUUAUUUUAGCUAUCAAUAAGUUUUAGUUUCUUUAGAAUAAAUAAAAUUAUAAAAAUACAAACAAGCAAUUACAUAAUUAGAGCAAUCUAUUUUAUCUAUAUUUAAUGAUAAUGAAAGAAUAAGCGAGGAUGAAAGAAAUGUCUUUUCUCUUAAAAAUCCAGAAUUAAAAAUAGUAUAGAAUUGUGAAUCUGAUGAAAUUUAAAAAUUCUUUCACAAUGAAAUUAAUUUAACUUAAAAAUUGAUAUUUUCGACAGAAUGUAUCGUUGUGAGACAUGAUGAAGAAUUUCAUGUUUUAAAAGUUCUUUAAGGUUCUUUAUAUGUAGGAUAGCUAUUAAAAUCGACCUAAACAAUGUCUUGGAUUAAAUAAAUAAAUGUAAGUACAACUGGAGAAAGUAAUAAAUAUAAUUAAAGAUAGUUUCUGUUAAAUUUGAAGAUAACAAAAAAUUGGAAGGAGUGUUAUGCAGUUAUUAACAUUGUCCAGAUGAAAUAAUUAAAUUAGAAGUUGAGAUUUAAUUAGCAGAAAUUCCAAUUUUACCUUUAAGAGAUGUUUUUAGAAAAAUGGGCUAAGUUAAAAUGAUAUUUGGUAAUUAGGAAUUUGAAAUAUAAAAUACUAAUAAAAAUUCUAUUGAGUUUCUAGGUAUCAAAACUAAAAAUGGGAAUUUAAUUGAAAAUUCAAAACAUAUUGAUUUUCGUUAAUGUCAAUUAAGUCUAUAAAUUAUUAAUUAAGCAUCAUUGAAGUUUUUAAACCUAACAUCAAAGCCUAUUUUAUUGUAAUUUGAUAUUCUAUAUUAGUUUCAUUAAUUCAUAUCAAACAAUUGUUUUUUAUGGAUAAAUUUCUAAGAUUAUUGAAAAGAAAAAUAAAAAAGUUGAUUUAAAUUAAUAUUUUCCGAUUUAAAAAUUCAAAUUCACUUAAAAUAUGAUUUUUAGAUAGAAUGAAGAUUUAAGAUACUUUUGCAGGAUUUGUAAAGCAAAAAAAAUAAAUAGAGUUUUAAAGGAAUGUGGUCAUUUAAGAUAUUGUAAUGAUUGUGUAGAUUUUUGUCUUGAAUCUAAAGAGUGCUAUUAUUGUACGAAAUCUCUAACUAAAACCUACCCCAUUUCAGUUAUAUAUUUGGAUGAGAAAAUAUUUAUAGACUUAUAAGAUGGGAAAAAAUAGUUUUAAUAGUUUACUUCUAAAUAAAUUAUUGAGGAAAACCAAAUUUCUUCUUAUUUGAAAUUAAUUUAUAAAUAACAAAAGGAUGGUUUUUUAGAUUUUUAGACAAUUUACUGCAACCUGUGUGAUUAUUCUAUGAACAAAAAUUUCAACUGUUGUUCAAAUAAUCAUAUAAUAUUAACAUGUGAGAAAUGUAUUCCAACCGUUUGUUUAGAAUGCUAAGAUUAAAUUAGCUUCUCAUAUAAGAUUGAUUAUGAAUUUUUAGAAGAUUUACAUUGA